ACCAAAUGCAUGUAAGUUCUGUAAUGUAUCACCAGAUAUGUGGGGGCAGCACAAUUACAAUCAACAAUGUCCACGUAAACAUUCGUGUUAUUAAUUGUCACGUUUACAGAUAUGUUUGCGAAGCUUAAAAACAAAAUAGCGGAGGAAGUAAAACAGUCUCCUUUAAAGCUUUCUGCAUCUGUACAGCAGCUGGCCCAGGCAGUAGUGUCUCCGUCAAGUAGUUCCAUUGUUGAACCUACCUCAAAUGACCAUUUUAGCAUUGGUGAUGAGACUGAAGAAACACCAAAAAAUUCACCUUUAAAGAUUGAAGGAUUCCAGUCGGUGAAUUUACAUGGUGAAGCUCUACUGUCUACUCCAGUACCCUCUGCUGGUGGAAGAUCACGCCAUUCUUCAACAAGUUCAGUGACCAGUGAUGCAUCUUCACUGUUUCCCACCUUUGAACCAUCUGUGUUGAAUUCACAUAGUCUACAGUCUGAUCUAGAGUCUGCAAGUGAAGUAGAGGAUUCCCUUGGCUACCAGUUGGAUAGAAUCAGUAAGGAACAGCUGUAUGCAGCAUACCGCAAGGUGCAAACACGCUAUACAAAGUGCAAAGGACGAUAUGCAGAUCUGGUACGACAUUAUAGAGAACUUGAUCGGGAGAAUGUUAAGGCAAAGACUAUUUUGGUGGAGAGUCAGGAUAAAGCAUUGCGAAGAAUUGCAGAGUUGAAGGAACAGUGCCAAUUAGAGCAGAAAGCCAAAGCUCAUUUAGAAGAUGCCUUAAGAAAUGACUUGGAAGAAAAAGAUCAUUUGAUCAGCACUUUAUACACAAAAAUAGAACUGUUAAAACUGAAUGGUGGUAAGGAGGAACCUGAUCCAAACAAUCAGAAAGUGAAUUCUUCAGAAAAUCUGCUGAUUGACUUGUCAGAGGGAGAGCCAUCUAUACUUGUGCCAAUGAAACAUCCUCAAGAGGAUCCAGCCCUCAUUAAUGAGACAAAUUUGGUACUGAAAGAGAAAGUUUGGAAACUUGAAACGUUACUCAGCAAAUGUAAGGAAUCGAUCAGACGCAAUAAAGAACGUAUAUCUCACCUCAGUUUAGAAAAUCAACAACUUCUAAAGACCGUAGUGGAUACAAAGGCAUCAAGUAGUGCACAGUUGUCUGCAUUAACUCAGGAUCUAACUGCAGCUCAGCAGGAGGUAGGGAAGUUGGUAGAAGAAUUGGAUACAUUGCACAAAAGGGAGGAAGAUGCUGCCCUUUCUUUGGCCGAAAAUAAAAUGGCAAUCCAUAGGGAAUUAGAGGCAAAGGAGGAACAGAUUAAAUCUUUGAGAGAUUCGUUAGCACAAAUAACACAUGAUAAGGAAGCAUUACUUGAAAGAGCCACCAGCUUGCAGAAGGAGAUGACAGAACUGAAAUCAGUUGCUGUUGCACCAGCAGCAGAAGGUGUUGGAAAUUCUGAGGAAGAUCGUCAUAAUCUCAUGCAGGAGCUGUCUCGAGGAAAAGCACAGGCAGUGAAAUUGCUUCAACAAGAAAUGCAACAAAAAUUAAUAAACCUGGAAACAGAAAUGUCUGAUAAGCUGCACUCACUUGAACUAAUAAACUUGGGGCUUGAAGCUGAAAUUCAGACACUGAAACAGCAGGUUGAGGAACAGGAUCAAGCAAAUAAAGAACUGAAGCUUAAAUCCAUACAGAAUGAAAGAUCUUCAGCUUGGAAGGUCCAUAGUAAUUCUGAAGAGAAUUCUGAACUAGAAGAGGUAAUGAAGGAACUUGAGAAUAAACUACUGGCUGCUGAAACAAAACUUGCAGAGAAGGAGAAUGUGAUCGCAGAAUUUGAAGUCAACUCUAAACUAAUUGCUGAUGAACAUAAUAAAGAAUUAAUGUUUCUGAAAUCUAAAGUUGAACUUGAAUCAGCUGAUAGAUUGCAAGCUGAAAGUAAACUUUCAGAACGAGACCAAGAGAUCAAGGAGUUGAAUGACAUGCAUGAACAGCAACUUCAAGAGGGGCAAAAAGUGUUGGCAGAGGUACAGACACAGCUGCAUGUGGAGUUGUCAAAGAAAAGUGAAGCUGAAAAGAAAUACAUAGAUUUGAUAAAUAAAAUGGGAAAUAUGGAUGUUACUUUGAAAAACAGAGAUGCAGAGUUGAAUAGUUUAUCGUCUGAGAUAGCAUCCUUGAAAGGGAAAGUUCACAAUCUUGAAUUAAAGUUGAAUGAAGCAGUAGAAGAGUGUAUGAAAGCUUUGAAGGAGAAGGAAAACCUUGGUUCAUGUCUAGUAGGUAGCCUGAAGGCUGUUGCACAGUUGAAGCUUUCUCUUCAGACUUUGAGGACAGAUGUGUAUUGUAGCCUAAACUGCAUAAAACAGGAAGUUGGUGGAAUAGGGUCUGAAGUAAUGGAUGUGUUUAAUCUGGCCAAGAAGGAAGUGGAGACUGUCAGCAAGGCAUUGCAGGAGAAAGUUAAUAUUCACUCUAAGUUGAAAGAUAAUUUAUCAGUAUUAGAAAAACAGUUAAGUGAACAGGAAGCAAAUAUUAAGUCUGGAAGGAACUUUGAAGGAAUGUUAGAAGAUUUGAAAUUGUCAAAGAAAAAUUUGGAAACUGAGGUUUCAGAAAAUAAUGCUUUAAUCAAAAAACUUCAGCAUGAAUUGCAGAAUGUGAUGAAAACUCUCGAGAAGAAAGAACAAGAAACAUCUGAACUACAUGACAAUGUAACUGACCUUCAGAAGGAACUAACUCUUAAAACUAAGAAAGCUAAUGAAGAUUUGGCAAAGCUUGCAAGUGAUUACAAAAUUGAAUUAGAAUCAAAAGAUAUAAAGAUAAGUGAAUUAAAGAAAAAGCAUGAUAAAUACAAUAAUAAAAUUACAAGAUUGCAAGGUGAUGUAAACAUUGCUGAAAGUAAAUUGAAAAAAAUCAGUGACAAUUAUAAGAACUUGAAAUUGGAAAAAAAUAAACUAGAUGAAAAGGUUAAGGAAUUAGAAGAACAGUGUGAAUCACUGAAAUUAGAGGUAACAGUUGUUAUUAAUGACAAAAUGAUGCUAUCUGGAACUGUGGAUGAAUUAACAUCUGUUUUGACUGGACACAAGGAAGAAAAUUAUGCUCUUAAUGAGAAAAUAGAAAGGCUGACUGAUUCUUUAAGUGAUUCAAGCAAUGAAGUAACAGGUUUGAGGAUACAAAUAGGGAAAUUAUCAAAUGGAUUAAAGAAAGUCAAUGAUGAAAAACAGUCCCUGGAGGGUCAAAUUGAGGAUAUUCAAGAAACAAAGUUGAAGGUUGUUGAAAACAUGAAAUUGCAGGAAGAAGCCUGGAACAAUAAAUCAGAAUCAGAUAAAGUAAAAAUUACAAAACUUGAGAUGGAAUUUCAGUCAUUACUGAAGGAGCUAAAGAAUGAAAAGCAACAAUUUCAACUUGUAACAUCUCAACUAGAGCAGUCUCAGCAGAGAGAAAUAGAGCUGUCGGCUGAGGCUGCGGUUUUGAAAGAAGAACUUAUUAAAGCUAUGGAAGACCUGUCAGAUUUGAAAUUCAGAUUGGAGCAAACUGAUCAGAGAGAACAACUCCUUUCAGCCCAAAUGGAAAAUAUUAGCAAGGGAAACACUAGCCAAGGUCAACUACUGAAAGAAAAACAGGAACAGCUUGAAAUCAUGGCAGCUGAAAUGGAAACUAUUUUAUCCAGAUCUAAUAUUGAAUCUAAUCAGAUCCUGGAAACAGAAGCAAAAUUAAUUACUUUGAAUAAGGAGAAGGAAAAGUGGUUAGAAGAGCAAUUAUUGUUGGAAACAAAGGAGAAAGAUAUCAAGCAGCUCAAUAUUAAACUAGAAGAGCAGUUGAACAUGGAAUUGCAGAGGUCUAAAUUGUUAGAAGAAGAAUGUAGGAGUGUGAAAGAAAGUAAUGAUCUUUUGGCGAAGCAGUUUGAACAGCAGAAUUCUGUUGUUGAUAGCUUAAGGAAGAAGAAUAAAGAAAAUUAUGAAUUAAGUGAACAGCUAAAAACAGAAAAGACUGCUCUGGAAAAUAUUAUUAACAGUGAUGUUACACAAGAGAAAGAAUUCACCGAUCAAAUUCAGAGUCUUCAGUCAGAGUUGAUAAAUUUGAAGUCAGAAAAUGAAACCCUUACUUCUGAAAAAGAACUUGUGACACAACAGCUAGAGGAGUUGAGAAAGGAGCUUCAAGAGUCCAUUUGUGAGGGAAGAGUAGCAGAGGAAAUAAAGCUGAAUCUUGAAAAGAUUCUCAUGGAAAAAAGUCAUCUUGAAAAACAGUUUGGAAAUCUAAUGCAAGAGAAACAAAUUUUAGCGCAGCAGUUAAAUGAUGAAGAAAAUAGUAGGAAAGGAAAGCAAGAAGAACAGAAGAUACAAAUAGAAAAGUUAUAUGUGGAGAAUAAAGACUUGCAGGAAAAGCUGGACAGUGUUUUGAAGCAAAAGCUGGAUCUGGAACAAACAUUAACUGCCACAACAGAAAAUAUGGGAAAACUGCAGGUGGAGAUGGCAGAGCAGGAGAGAUGUUGUUUGGUUAUAGAUGAACUGACAAAGCAACUGAAAGACACCCUACAAGAGAAGGCAAAUCUGGAACAUCGUUUAAGUGCUAAGAUUGAAAACGCAAGAGGAGUGCAUGAUUUGGAGAAGAUGCUUAUGGAAAAGGAAGAUCAACUGGGCAAGACCCUCAUGGACGUCCAGAAAAAAGAGAAGCAAUUUGCUGAGUUGGAAGAUAUUCAUGCACAGAAGAUGAAGCAGUUGGCACAUGACUUUGAAAAGCAGCUGGUAGAAAAGGAUGAACUUUUUAACUUGGAGGAAAGGAGAGAGCAGGAAGAGAAUCUACAAGUCAGAGAGUACUGGGACCCUAGUAAAAAAUUACAUGAGAUGUCUGAGGCCCAAGGAGAAGCUUUCCAGCAUGUGCAUGUGCAGCAUGAAGGAGGCAUAAAGGUGAAGGAUACCAAGCUGUGUGACUGUGGACAUCGAAUAGAAGAGCUGCAGGCUGCUCACCAGCAGGAACUAGUUGAAGUAGACAACAAAUGGCAUAUGUGUCUGGAACAACAGUUGACAGAAGCAGAAGCAAGAUAUAAAGAGGAACUGACAGAACUCAGCAAAGAAUGGCAAUGGGAGAGGAAGACCCAUGUUUCAAACACUGAAACAGCACAGUCUAAGGAGCUGGAGAACACAAGUCAGUUAGCUGUAGCAGCAGUGGAAAGUGGGACAGGAAGUAUAGAAUUAUUACAUCGUCAGCUGGUGGCUCAGACAAGUGAGCUGAAAGAAGUAAAGAGGCUGCACAGGCUUGAAGUUAAUGAAUUACGUCAUCUCUUAUCUCUAAGAAGAACAUCAGAUUCAUCAAAGAGAAUGUCUGUACACUCAACACUAGAAGAUGCUUGUACAGAGUUGGAGUAUUUACGUAAUAUCUUAUAUGAAUACAUGAUGGGCAAGGAGCCUAUGGUUCUUGCUCGUGUAAUUGCUGCAGUUGUAAAAUUUGACACAGAGCAAACAUCGAGAGUACUUCAGAAAGAGGAACAGAAACAAACCUUGUUGGGCCAGCUAGGCGUUCUAUGAUAGUUGGAUACUCUGGUUAACUUCAUGGUGGUACAACUUAACCAGCCAGACUGUCAUGUGCUGAGAAGAUGCAACAGAGUCUAUCAAGGAAGUUGAAGUUAAAGUGCUUUUGAUUAGAGAUAUCAGGAAGCAGUGCAUAUACUGAUUUGUGUUAGAUAUUACUAUGUACAGAGCUUUAAAAAGGAGCUUCAAGACCACACUAAAGGAAAGGGAAAUCUUCAAGUAAAUGGUUAUGCCCCAUAUGAAGUACAUGUAAGAAAAAUGUUGAAAAGUAUAUACAUUUUCUGACAUUUGCAAGGAAUUCUCUGUGUUGUCUAUAAUUUUAUCCAAAAAAUACAUUUCAUAACUAAGAGACCACUUUGUACAUGCAGAUUUAUGGGUUUGCUGAUAGGUGAAAGAAGGAAACUAUAAUGGCAAAAUAUUUUUAAUGCUGUAAUUACUAAAAACUGUCAUAUGAUUUAAUAUGGUAUUUGCAACAUGUUUGUGUUAAUUGGUUGUUUCCAUACAUGUAAGCAAAGAGAGCCAAUAUUAUACAAGACCUCUUCAAGUGAAACAUAUUCAAGUAUUGUGGUCAAAGGAGUAGAGGCUGCUGAAACACUGACUUUUGGGCACUGAGUCAGGCAUACCAUAGAUGGACACACUUUGCAAAUAACUUCUGGAGUUGAUGCUUGAACCACUGCACCACUGUGGCCUUGAUGUCUUUGUCUGACCCAUGUGUGUGAUCCUAUAGCACUUUCUUCAGGGGGCCAAAUAUAUGUAAGUCAUACAGCAACAGGUCUAGGCUGUAUGAAAUGGUCCACCAUCUUCCAGCAUGUUCUGGACAGUGUGGGCCACAUGGAAUGUGUACUGUUGUGCAUUAUGAUGAGUACCCUGGGAUGCUUGAUCUUGGUGGUAGAAAGGCCUAGGAGGGUUCUACAUUAGUGCUGUGUUUUGAUGGUGAUAUCAGGGUUCUUGAACUUUCAGCACCAAGGCUCUGAAUGAGAACUUGAUCAUUGUUAGAUGAAUUCUGAACCUGGAACACGGUUUAAUCAUGUCACAGCAUUCCCCUGUGGUCUGACACAUCUGUUGCAUUGCACAGUUUACGGUUGACUGCUGGUGUGCCAUAUACAAAGCCACAUGAUUAUAUAUGAUCAGCUGUUUCAGUAGCAAUGCCAUGAAUGUUUUUCAUUUGAACAACCCUCAUAAUAGCUUGCAAAACUCUGAUCAUAAUUCCUUCAAAGUUAUGAAAACAUUUGUAGAAAGUUUAAUAUAAAUAAAACUGUGUUAGUGUUUUAGGUAACUUGACUGUAAUUUUAUGUGAUAAUGUAAAGCUUCCAUCCAUAUCUUGCAUAAAAUAAUAUUUCUGAACAAAUUCUACAAUCAGCAAACUUUUUUGAGUGCCUGUUCACCUGUACGUUUUCACAAGUAAUACAGCAAAAUUUUCUGUUAAAAUCAAAACUUUGUUGAAUACUGAAUAAUUAGCACAAUACCAAUUAACUCUUGCAACUGUUUAACAUAUAUUUUGCUUUGAGUUAUAAGCAUAUUUGUGAAGUAAAAUUGUUAAAAGUUUUUUCAUAAAUUAAAAUUUACUGUGCUAAUAUAUUUAAUCCUUUCCUAAAAAAGUGUCUUGUCACAAAACACUGUGUAUAAACCUUAUUUUUUAAUGAACAUGUAAAUUAUAUGAUAUACAUUUUGUAAUCACAAUGCAGUCAUAACAUUGAUCCCAAAAUGUCCAGUAUCUAACAUUAGUUCUUAUCCUUUGGUCCAAUCCAGGAAGUAUUGAUACAAUUGAAAUGUUUGGGUCUGUUUGUUGUUAAUGGAAUGCUUUUGUGCAGGGAGAAUAUUUAGUGGCUACAUCAUGGCAAACUUUUUUCCACCAUGCCUGAACACUGCAUUUCUUGCCAUCUUUCCUAGUCAGUCACUUGCAGUGAUAGUUAGUUGGCAGCAGUUUUAUAUGGUAAAUUUUAUUUAACUGUGUGACAGAAGAUGUUUAAAAUAUUCCCCAUUGGCUCAGAUACAUUCCUCCCACCUUCUAAACAUAUUCUGGCUUAUACAUUGAAGUUCUCUGGAUAUAUGGGAUACUUCAAGAUGAAAGAUUUAUCCGAGUUCUUUAAUGUUUGGAUUUUUUUUGGUAGCCUUGUUUUUAAAUAUCCUUACUGACUAAAGAUACCAGUUAUGUUCCACAAAAAAGAAGUCUUGUACAGCAUUGAUCCGUACGUGAAUGUCACAAAGAAAUACAAUGCUUCCUCGUCAUCCAUCACUGCUGACUUGCAUCAGCCAACAAUUGAUUCCUGUGGAAAGGCUGUGCCAUGGCGUAGCUGCCAGAUAUCCUCCCUGUAGUGUCAGAUAUUCUUUAAAUAUUGAAGAUGUUGAGGUAGUUUUAAAAUACAUUUAGCUAUGAGUCCACGUUUGAAAAUUUUGCAUGUUUCCUGGAGAAAGGCAUAACCUUACACAUCAUAAUUCGACUUUAUAUGAGGUUUCAUUUGAUUUAAUAGAAUAUGGUGAAGUUAUGUCAUACAUUUCUAGGAUUUGCAGCAGUUUUUGAAGAGGAAUUUAGAGGAAAUGGUUUAUUUUAUAGCAGUUAUGGUCUAUAUCAGUGUAUGAUCAUUCUCACUACUAAGUUAUAUUAGUUAUUUUGGUGCAGGUUAUGGAUUGAAGUUGUGCAUCUAGGACCCAAUGCAGUUCUCACCUAUUCAUUGUGAUAGUUGUGGUGUGGUUGACAGUAACUGGGGUUCAUCCUC